GUGAUUAUAAAAUUCAGAUUUUUCACAAACAAUAAUGAUGCAGCAUUAUAUUUUACCCCAUCAUCGUUCGGCGCUGUUAUUAUUCCUUUGCUACGCCGCGUUGUCCAUCACGAUUGCACAAUAUUGCAUGGAAAAAGAGCUCAAUCUAAUUUGUAAUAAAAAGCAACCAGUGCUUCAUUUGGAAUUGGUUCAAGUAUUGAUGAGACAUGGAGAACGGACGCCGUUACUUAAAGAAACGUAUCCCAAAGAUCCAUAUAAUGAAUCAACUUAUGAACCAUGGGGUAUCGGCCAAUUAACCAAUCAAGGAAAACUGACGGAAUAUCGAAUCGGUACAAUGUUGAGACAACGUUACAAUCAUUUUUUGGAAUCGAUCUAUCACCCGCGUGACAUCUAUGCUGUCAGCUCAGAUACCGAUCGAACAAAGAUGUCUCUCCAAUUGAUGUUAGCAGGAUUAUAUCCUCCGGAUACAAUACAAAUAUGGAAUCCAGAUUUACCGUGGCUUGCCAUUCCUACGCAUUAUAUGCCUAAAAGAGUGGACAUGCUAUUAAAGCCUGAAGGUUGUCCAAUAUAUCAGACAGCUUUAACAGAAGUAAAAAGAAUGAAAGAAAUACGUGAUAAAAUCGCAGUUCACAAAGAUUUCUUUAAAUUUUUGAGUGAAAAAACGGGAUUAGUGAUUGAGGAACCUUUACUCGUUUACGAAAUGUACAAUCUACUAACGGCGCAGAAAACUAUGAAUUUAACAUUACCAGAAUGGUGCACCGAUGAAGUGUACCGGAAAAUGCAGGAUCUAAUGGUGUUAGAGUACGAAAUCCGUUCGUAUACAACUCAGUUGAAACGAUUGAACGGCGGUAUGCUAAUCAAAAAAUUCAUCGAUAAUAUGAACGCGAAAAGCAUUCCGCGCAAAAUGUACGUGUAUAGCGGCCAUGAAGUGAAUCUCGCGGCAUUCGCCAGAGCACAUAAUAUCAGCGAGCCGAAAAUACCGGCUUAUGGAUCAAUGUUUAUAUUCGAGAAGUUGCGGGAUGAGGAAAGCAAUUUUUACAUCAGAAUCAUUCUGUGGAACGGAUCCACGGAAAAAUUGCUGACUAUUAAGCUGGCAGGCUGCGACGAAAUAUGCCCUUUGAAAACUUAUUUGGAGCUCGUUCGCGAAAUAAUACCUUCAGACGUGGAGGUAACUUGUUUGUGGAACAAUAUAACCAGAGAAGAAGCAUUGGCACUCUUUGCUGAAAAAUUAUAUCAAAAUUAAUAAAAUUUUAUGUAUGAGUAUUAUAUAAAUAUAGAUUAAAUAGAAAUUU